UCUCUCUUCUGGGGGUCGCCUAGUCGCCGGCGUGCCCCGGCCCUGUGGCAACCCACUGAGGCACUGGAGUUCUCAUUCAAGAUCCCCCGCCCCGCCUCGAGCUGCACACUUAAUCUUGCAAAAAACUCGGAGUCGAGACACCACCACCAGUUCCCGGCCGCGCCAGGCACACAACAGGAACACACCGAGCGCGGAUUCGAUUGUCACAAAAGCCACUCAUUUAAAAUCUGCCCAUUAUGCCUCCCAAAAAGAUUGAGAAGGUGGCGGGCGCCAAGAAGUCCGCCAAGUCGGUCGAGGACAAAACCUUUGGUAUGAAGAAUAAGAAGGGGUCCGCCGCACAGAAGACGAUUGCCGCCCUCGCCUCGUCCAUUAAGGCGGGCGGAAAUGCCGAGCAGAAGCGCAAGGAGGCCGAGAAGGCACAGCGCGAGCGGGACAAGAAGGCGGCCGAAGAUGCCAAGCGCGAGGCUGACCUGCUACUCAACAAGCCGGCCCAGAUCCAGAAGGUGCCCUUCGGCGUCGACCCCAAGACGGUGCUGUGCAUCUUCUUCAAGAAGGGGAACUGCGAGAAGGGCAAGAAGUGCAAGUUCUCGCACGACCUCGAGGUCGAGCGCAGGGUCGAGAAGAGGAACUUGUACCAGGACACGAGGCAGGACGAGGAUGAGAAGAAAAAGCAGGAGACGUCAGCGGACUGGGACGAGGAGAAGCUACGCUCUGUUGUUCUGUCCAAGAAGGGAAACCAACGCAGUACGACCGAAAAGGUUUGCAAAUUCUUCAUCGAGGCUAUCGAAGACGGCAAAUACGGCUGGUUCUGGAUCUGCCCCAACGGCGGCGACAAGUGCAUGUACAAGCAUGCUCUUCCACCUGGAUUCGUCCUCAAGACCAAGGAGCAGAGGGCGGCGGAGAAGGCCCUGAUGGACAAGUCACCUCUCAAGACCCUAACCCUUGAGGAUUUCUUGGAGUCGGAGAGACACAAGCUUACUGGCACACUGACACCUGUCACACCCGAGAGCUUUGCCAAAUGGAAGAAGGAUCGUCUGGAGAAGAAGGCCGCCGAAGAGGAGGCGAGACGCGCCAAGGAAGCAACUGGCCGUGCCCUAUUUGAGAGCGGCAACUGGAAGAUGGACGGCGAUGACUCGGACGACGAAGAUGCGGGUGAUGUUUGGAAUCUGGAGAAGCUGAGACUAGAGACAGAGACACUCGCAUCCAGGAGAGAGGAAGAACGGCUUGCAGCCCUGCACGGCGUUCCUAUCUCGACACACGUCCCAGAUGACGAAACGAACGGCGACCAGGAUGACGAGGCAGACGACGACGGUUCUGACGACCAGAGCGAUGACGAGGAGAAUGAUGAGACGAACGGUGGGGCGAGUGGCAGCUCGAGUGUCAACACAAGCAACGAUGCGAAUGGCGAAGCAGAUGACGAUAAAAUCGUCGAACCUGCAUCUGGCACAUGAAAGCUGUUGACCAAACAGCCAUACCACACCAAUACGAGCGAGGUGGGGCAAGCCACGCAGAGCUUUUCCUGGGCAGGGUGCCAGAAAGGGUUGAUCGAGCUGGUCGAUAGCCUUGGGAAGGCGCUUUGCACUCGCCCCGCAUACCGAAACAACUUAAUCCUCGGAAGCAUAGAGAAAUCCGCAUGGCUCCUUUUAGGGGUGGGAUAAUAUGAGGUUCUUAAAACUGGUAACAGCCUCUUCGGCGCUUAGGCAGCAUCUACUCUAAGUAGGAGGGUACUUCACAGAGGACACCGCCAUAGGUGUCCUAUAUGUUACUUUGCCCUUAGGCAUGGUUGUAUGUUGACAUCAUCAUCAUCAUCACAUUUACUGGGACAGGGGACAUGACGAGAAUGAUAUACAAACAGAAUG